AUGGCUUACGUUUUAACAGAAACAGCAGCAGGUUAUGCUCUUUUGAAAGCUUCUGAUAAGAAGAUACACAAGUCAUCCUCUUUGAUUGAAGACUUGAAUUCGUUGGAAAAAGUUGCAGAUCAGUUUAAAGUUCAUCGUUUUGAGAAAUUUCAAAGUGCCGCCAAUGCUUUGGAGGAAGCAAACGCCAUUAUGGAAGGAAAAGUAUCCGAUAGUUUAAAGAAAUUGUUGGAAGACGCCAAAUCAGACAAAAAGGCUACUUUAAUAGUGUCUGAAACCAAAUUGGGUAACUCCAUUAAUAAAUUGGGUUUGAACUUUCAAGUUGUAUCCGAUGCAGCCUCAAUGGAUUUGCACCGGGCCAUUAAGGAAUUUUUACCAGAAUUAUUACCAGGAUUAGAUAACUCAGCCCUCAAUCAAAUGUCAUUGGGUUUAGCACACUCUAUUGGUCGUCAUAAGCUUAAGUUUUCUGCUGACAAAGUAGACACUAUGAUUAUACAAGCUAUUGCAUUAUUAGAUGAUUUGGAUAAGGAGUUGAACACUUAUGCCAUGAGAUGUAAGGAAUGGUACGGGUGGCAUUUUCCAGAAUUGGCAAAGAUUGUCACUGAUUCAGUUGCAUUUGCCAGAAUCAUCUUAACAAUGGGUGUGAGAUCAAAUGCCGCUGAGACAGAAUUAUCCGAGAUUUUACCGGAAGAGAUUGAAGAGCAAGUGAAGACAGCUGCUGAAGUGUCCAUGGGAACUGAAAUAACUGAGAAUGAUUUAGAAAACAUCAAAGCCUUGGCUGAGCAAAUUGUUGACUUUGCCGCAUAUAGAGAACAAUUGUCAAAUUAUUUAAGUUCGAGAAUGAGAGCCAUCGCUCCCAACUUGACGGCAAUGGUGGGAGAAUUGGUUGGUGCCAGAUUGAUUGCACAUGCGGGAUCCUUGACCUCUUUGGCCAAAGCUCCAGCCUCGACUGUCCAAAUCUUGGGAGCUGAAAAGGCUUUGUUUAGAGCAUUAAAGACUAAACAUGAUACACCAAAGUACGGUAUAAUAUAUCAUGCCUCGUUGGUUGGUCAAGCCAGUGGUAAGAACAAAGGAAGGAUUGCCAGAGUAUUGGCUGCUAAAGCUGCAAUUUCGUUGAGAUAUGAUUGUUUUGAUGAAGAAAGAGACGACUCGGAAAAUUUUGGUUUGGAAAACAGGGCCAAAGUUGAAGGAAGAUUGAGUCAAUUGGAGGGAAGGGAUAUGAGAACCACUUCGAAGGCAAGCAGACAACAACCAAAGAUUGACAUCACUGAGGCCAGAGCUUACAACGCAGAUGCAGAUGCACCAGUCAAUGCUGCACAAGAUUCUGAUGAUGAAUCAGAAACUGAAGAAGUUGAUGAAAAAGUGGAGUUGAAGGAAAAGAAGGAGAAGAAAGACAAGAAGGACAAGAAGGACAAGAAGGACAAGAAGGAGAAGAAGGACAAGAAGGACAAGAAGGACAAGAAGGAUAAAAAGGAUAAAAAGAGAAAAAGAGAUGAAGAUGGUGACGAGAAGCAGUCGAAGAAGGAAAAGAAAUCAAAGAAGUCAAAGAAAGAUUAA